CAUAUAGUUGACAGUUGCGCAAUACUGACAUGGUUAACUAUUUUCUACAUCUGACAUUGACAUUUUAAAUUUGAAGAUAUCUAACGAUGUAUGUUUUAGUAAAUUAGAAUCUCAGAAGUACGGCUUUUUGUAAAAUGGAUUUAUGGAUUCGUGCACAUAAUUACAUUAAUACAUAUGAAGAUGUUUUAUCUGGAAAAUGGUUUUUAAUGACAAGUCCUGUACCAGUACUUGUUACUAGCGGCUUGUACCUUUAUGCUGUUAUCGUAUUAUUACCGGAUUACAUGAAAAAUAGAGAACCUUUUGAGUUCCGAAAGUUAAUAAUUUUUUACAAUUUUUUGCAAGUUUUAUUAAACAUUUGGUUAUUUUAUGGGAUUCUGCCAGGUGGAUUGGACGCCUUACAUUGUUAUCCUGAUAAAACUGAACACUGUGAUAAUGGCGAGACAUCAGAACAGACGAAAGGCUAUUCAUAUUAUUUUCAUUUAUCGAAGUAUACGGACCUCAUAGAUACAAUAAUUUUUCUAUUAAGAAAAAAGUACAGUCAAGUAUCUGUUCUCCAUGUAUAUCAUCACAGUACUAUGCCAUUUUGGACGUGGAUGUGCGUAAAAUACAAUCCAUGUGGAAGAUUGACGUUUCAUGCACUUUUAAAUUCGUUCGUUCACAUUGUAAUGUAUACUUAUUAUUUGCUCAGCGCUUUUGGACCCAGAAUAAGAAAAUAUGUUUGGUGGAAGAAAUAUGUUACUAUGUGUCAAAUGGUACAGCUUGUUCUAACAUCACUCCAUGCAGCUCAGUCAGCGAUAUAUGGAUGCAAUGUUUUCCUAAUUCUCAGUGUGCUCAAUAGUGUUCAGAGUACAAUAUACUUGAUUCUUUUUUGGUUUUUUUACAAACAAGCGUACAAAAAGGACGACAUUCAAAAAGAAAUCAUUGGUGAUUAUCAAGAAGUUAAUUAUAAAAAAUAUAAAACAAAUUAAUAAUAUAUUCAAACCUUGUUCACAUUAUAAUAAGGCAUCUUUUUAAAUAAAAUUUUUUAACCACGCAUGC